AGAAAGCAGAGCUCGAUAUCAGAGGACGUCGGACCCGAGCCGCCUCUUCCCGGCAGGCCGCCGCCGCCAUUCCUCCUGCCGCUCCGCCCGUUCCCACAGCAACGGCGGCGCUGCGGGGCGGACCCAGCCGUGCUGAGGCGGGCCGUGCAGCCGGGCUCCCGCCCCCUGCCCACCGCCCCGCAUCCCAGCGGGCUGGGAGCCGGCGGGCUGCCGAGCGCCAAGAUGGUCCAUCACUCGGGUUCCAUCCAGUCCUUCAGGCAGCAGAAAGGUAUGAAUACAAGCAAGAGUGAGACAGUGAAGGAGCACCCAUUGAAACCCUCUAGAAGAUCUAUGCCAUGCUUAGCACAGAGCCAAACACAUCCUCAGAGUCUGAGCAAGCAUUCUUCAUUUCUGCAGCCAAAUCGUGUACAGCCUCAGCCUCUGAGUGCAGGGACAUCUACAGCUACCGUUGAUGUAGUGUCAGAACGAGUUAAAGUGAUGGAGACUUUGGAAAACAACUUGCUCAAGCUGUCCAGUACAGAAUACAGUGAUCCAUUUUUAGAGAUAGGAAAGGACAAAGACACGUACACAGAUGAUUCAGAACAUGGGAAUUACGAAGUUCGUACAGAUCAGUCAUUGCUUAUUCAAAACAAGCUCACCAGGCAGAAAACAGAACCUCAAACUAAACCAUCUUUAAAGACUGAUGCCAUGGCAUCAUCAGGCCUCUUCUUCAAAGACGGCAAGAAACGCAUUGAUUACAUCCUGGUCUACAAAAAGUCAAGUCUACAGGUGGAAAAAAGAAGCACAUUUGAGAAGAAUUUGAGAGCAGAAGGGCUGAUGUUAGAACGAGAGCCAGCUGUAACAAACAGUGAUAUCAUGUUUGUUAAAAUUCACUGUCCGUGGGAGACGCUGUGCAAAUAUGCAGAAAGAAUGAACAUCAGGAUGCCUUUCAGGAAAAAAUGUUAUUACACUGACUGGAGGAGCAAAACCAUGGGCAGUUUGCAGAGGAAUAUGAGAGAGCUGAAAAGUUGGUUGCCUAGAAAUCCAAUGAAGCUUGAUAAGGAGGCCCUACCAGAUCUUGAGGAAACAGAUUGCUACACAGCACCCUUUAGCCGUGCACGCAUACACCACUUUACCAUAAACAACAAAGACAGCUUCUUCAGCAACUCUACAAGAAGUAGAAUUGUGCAUCACAUGCUACAGAGAACCAAGUAUGAGGAUGGAAAAUCCAAAAUGGGUAUUAAUAGAUUACUAAACAAUGGAACGUAUGAGGCAGCAUUUCCACCACAUGAGGGAAGCCACAAAAGCAGACAUCCCAUCAAAACACAUGGAGCUCAGAAUCACAGACACCUCUUAUAUGAGCGUUGGGCACGGUGGGGAAUGUGGUACAAGUACCAACCUCUUGAUUUAAUCAGGCGAUAUUUUGGUGAAAAAAUUGGACUGUAUUUUGCCUGGCUGGGAUGGUAUACUGGAAUGCUGAUUCCUGCUGCCCUGGUUGGACUCUGUUUUCUUUAUGGACUGUUUACGAUGGAUUCCAGCCAAGUAAGCAAAGAGAUCUGCGAGGCAAACGAAACCAUCAUGUGCCCUAUGUGUAAACGCAAUUGCACACUACAAAAGCUCAAUGAAAGCUGCAUAUAUGCCAAGGUUACACAUUUGUUUGAUAACGGAGGGACUGUCUUCUUUGCUAUUUUCAUGGCAAUCUGGGCUACAGUCUUUCUAGAAUUUUGGAAAAGGCGGAGAGCUGUAUUAACCUAUGACUGGGACCUCAUAGAUUGGGAAGAUGAAGAGGAAGAACUGCGUCCCCAGUUUGAAGCUAAAUAUUCUCAAGUCGAAAGAGUAAAUCCCAUCACAGGAAAACCUGAGCCUUUUCAGCCUUUUCCUGACAAGCUCAGUCGACUGAUGGUGUCUGUCUCAGGAAUAUUCUUCAUGAUUUCACUAGUCCUCACUGCAGUUUUUGCAGUCGUGGUGUAUCGUCUGGUAGCCAUGGAACAAUUUGCUUCCUUCAAGUGGUAUUUCAUCAAGAAGUAUUGGCAGUUUGCAACAUCUGGCACUGGAGUCUGCAUCAAUUUUAUGAUCAUCAUGUCACUCAAUGUUGUGUAUGAAAAGGUUGCCUAUCUCCUGACAGACUUAGAGCAUCCAAGGACAGAGUCUGAAUGGGAAAACAGCUUUGCCUUGAAAAUGUUCCUCUUCCAGUUUGUCAACCUGAACAGUUCCAUCUUUUACAUUGCCUUUUUUCUUGGCAGAUUUGCAGGCCGCCCAGGAAAGUACAAUAAGCUUUUCAACAGAUGGAGAUUGGAAGAGUGUCACCCAAGCGGCUGCUUGAUAGAUCUGUGUUUGCAGAUGGGUGUUAUUAUGGUUUUGAAACAAAUGUGGAACAACUUUAUGGAGCUAGGCUAUCCGUUAUUACAGAAUUGGUGGUCACGACGCAAAAUGAAAAGAAGAGGACAAUCUAUGGAGCAUAAAAUUUCUCUACCUCAGUGGGAGAAAGAUUGGAAUCUGCAGCCGAUGAACCUCCAUGGUUUAAUGGAUGAAUACUUGGAGAUGGUGUUACAGUUUGGCUUUACCACCAUCUUUGUUGCUGCCUUCCCACUGGCACCUCUCCUGGCAUUGCUGAACAAUAUCAUAGAAAUAAGGCUGGACGCAUAUAAGUUUGUGACUCAGUGGCGAAGACCUAUGCCUGCAAGAGCAACAGAUAUAGGUAUCUGGUAUGGGAUUCUUGAAGGAAUUGGAGUACUGGCUGUCAUCACCAAUGCCUUUGUUAUUGCCAUCACUUCUGAUUACAUUCCACGUUUUGUCUAUGCAUAUAAAUAUGGUCCCUGUACAGAUCAAGGAUACAGACAAGAAAAAUGUCUAAAAGGAUAUGUCAAUAGCAGCUUAUCAGUGUUUGAUCUGAGUGAACUUGGAAUGGGAUAUUCAGGAUACUGCCGCUACAGAGAUUACAGAGCCCCUCCCUGGAGUUCAACUCCCUAUGAAUUCACUUUGCAGUUCUGGCAUGUUUUGGCAGCACGACUGGCCUUCAUCAUCGUUUUUGAGCACCUCGUUUUUGGAAUAAAGUCUUUCAUUGCUUACCUGAUUCCAGACAUGCCCAAAGACUUGUGUGACAGAAUGAGGAGAGAGAAGUACUUAGUCCAGGAAAUGAUGUAUGAGGCUGAACUCGAGCAUUUGCAGAGAGAAAGAAAAAAGAAUGGGAAACAGUAUCACCACGAAUGGCCUUAGUCAAUACCAUGCUGCAACAAAAAUGCUGUUUGGAAACUGAAGAGUGCGAUUUCGAAAUGAAGUCAGUCUUGCAUCAGUGUGUGCGAUUCAAAGUGUAUAUAUAUGUUCUUAUUGGGCUGUGCAGUUGCAGGCUUUGGCAGGAAUUGGAAAACAGGUGCUUCCGAUGAAGAAAACGAAGAGCCUUAUCUGUAACUGGUCUGUGAGGUGAGCGCCCAGAAGAACUGGCACUCAGGAAUGUGCAGCAGACUAAAAAUUUGGACACUGAUUUUAAAAUGGCAAUGAGUUUUUACGCUGUUCGUGAAGAUGCUAGCAGCAUAAUGAAAAUAAAAAAUUACCUAUAAACUUAUACGGUAAGGGCAUGACUAAAAAGAAAUUACAUGAUAUCCACUACAGCUUCUGAUUGCUCAGCCGCAUCUGUAAUGCCUCUGAAGAAAAAAACAAUUGUUGCCUUUGUGGACAUAACUUGAUAUAAACGAUCUUUCAGGCUUAUUGUUUUGUCAGGUUUGUCCUCGUCUCUUGUUGAGAUUGUGGAUGUGGUCCUACCCUAAAAAGUGGGUAUAUGGCUGCUUAAUAUAUACUAUGCAGUUUAAGAUUUGCACAUCAUUGUCAUUAGUCUAUCCUUCCAGUCGAAAACCAAAAAUUCUAAAUUCAAAGAGAAAACAGCAGCACUAAAACACGUUGCAUUGCCCACAUUGCAGCUGCAGUUGAAAAUGACAUGGCUACGAGUUGUCUUUCCACUUUUUUGUGCAGAAAGGCCACCUUCACACACAUCGAGGAUGAAAGAACUGUCAUUUCCAUGCUCUGCUGCAUGCAGAUGUCUAACUGUGUUACUGUUCUCUUUGACCUGUCUGAGCAAUUAUUCCGUGACUUCACAGAAUGCUAACUUGAAAUAUUCUAAUACAGUGCAAAUUACUUCAUUCUGAAUAUACAAUUAACUAUUUAUAGUAUGCAAGCUUAUGCAGAUAUGUAUCAGACAUACAGUAUAGCAUUUUGACUUGCUUGUUCAGGGAGGGAAAAGCUGAGCACCUUAUAACAAUGCUCUUCUCAUUGUAACAGUAAAUGUUCCAGUAAUGUGCACUUCUUUUAUGGGGCUAAAUAAGUCAGAGUACGGGAAUUAGAAACAGGCUGAUGUGUAUACAGAUUGUCUAUAAAAGCACACACACACACACAGUGGUUACUUUUAGAUUUUCUAUAAUCAAUUGUAUGCCUUCUUACAGUCUGGGGAACUCAUUGUAUAAAAAGUAGACACUCGUGUAAAGAACCAAAUUUCAGGUUUUUUUGUGAAUACAGUGUAAGGUAGUGCUGCUUAUGGUUGUUGUCACAUUUUGUUGAUGAAGUUGUCUAUUAACAUUUCAUAAUGUGUGAAAAGAUAGGCACGUAAUUUGAAAAAUCUAAACAAGCGAGCAGAGUUCACUUGCAGCGUAGAGUGGGGAAACAGGGUUGCAAUCAUCCCGUUUAUCCUGUACAAUUUUAAGCAAUGCUCCUUUAUAUUGAAUGAGAAGAAAAACAAACAAACAAACAAAAACAACAGAACCACCAAAUUAUACUGACAUUAUGCAUUUCUAUUAUUUUAGAGAUAAAGCUGCAGUGAAAUCACUGCUGCCGGAUACAAAAAGACCUGAAAUUUUACUUGGUAAAUGCAACAGUGAUUCAAUAAGUGUCAUUCCAGUAUUUACUUACAUACAUUAGAACAAUCUUUUGAUUAUUAUUAUUAUUAUUACGCCAUAUAAAAUGAAUUUUAGGAGCCCAUCAAAUAGAUGAGUAGAAUCCAUUGUAUCCAGUGGACUUUAGCAUCAACGUUUAAUUUCUGUAGUCAUUUCACUAUAUUUGUCUUGGUUAAUUCCAGCUUAAUGUGACCUGACAAGGCAACUACAGAAGUAUCUACAGUAUUGCACAAAGGGGGAAGGAAAUUGAAAGGUAUGGCUUAAUCAGAUGUAUUAGCAGUUAGUUCUUUGAUAAUGGGCUGUCAGAACUCAGUUUUCCAUAUUUUGGAAAGGCUGGUAAUUAUAUUUUGGAUAGUUCCUCAGGAGUCCUUAUGAGAAAUAUCAGCACUCUCCUCAGUGCUUAUAGAUUCACACUAUUUAAUUUAAUUUAUUCUCUCCCUGUUUCAUACUGUGGAACAUCAAGCACCACUUGACAGCAUUAACCAUGUGUCACAGGUUCUGUUUCUGUGCCACGUAGUGAUAAUACUUCAUUUCUUCAGAAGGUCACAGUUCAGCUCUCUUUUUAAAGUUUUCUCUAACAGCAAAACACCUUGGCUGGCCCAAGGUGAGAAGAUUUCAAAGAAAAAUCAGCAACAGUCAGAACUGGUGAUUAUUUUGUGCUUUCUCGUUUCUGCUGUGGAUAUUGGCACAAGUCAAAACAGGCAAAUUCCAGCUGAACUUAAAAGUGCAUUUGAAAGAAAAUCUUUUUUGUAUUUGAGUAUGAUUUGGGAUUUAAAUAUUUAUAUUCUUAAUAUAAAUAUUAAUUUACUGGUGUAAAAAGUAGAUUGAAGGAAAGUAUGUAGAUCUGACGUUGCAGUUUAUGCACUGGAAAAAGCACAAGAAAUUUUGGAGAAACACUGUGUGUUCCUUUAUAUACGAAGGACAUGAACAAAGCGUAAAGGUUUUGCCACUAAGAGCCAUUUGCUUAAGCUGAGAACUUUUUGCUAGACUUUGUUUAGUAUGCUGUUUGCAUUGACUGCACGUUCUUUUACAGAAGUACAAGGCACACACUGUCCUCAGGAAUCCUGUAUUUUAUGAAUGGUGAAUGAUCUUUUCAUAUUCUAGGUAUUGUCUUUCCAAACGAAUGACCAGUACGAAUAGACCGUGCAUGCAAGCUGCGUUUGUGAAACCUGACAAAGCUUUAGAACUUAAAUUCGUGCAAAAACGCUUUAGGUCAUUGCUGAUCUGAUCUAUGACAGUUUUGCUCUAUGCAUGCGCCCUUACAGAGACUGCAUGAGCAACUAGAUAUUCUUAAAUACAAACCAUUAGUCCAAAAUGUCUUAAUUAUUCCGAACCAAAUUCAGCGUCUUGAUGCAGACGAAAGAAAUUUCCAUUUCAGAAAUUGAAAAAAAUGACACACAUUACACAUAUUUCUAGUUACUUUUAAUUCCAAAUUUGUGCCUACUGUGUGAGAUCUGAAUUCUGGUGAGUGAAGAAAGGGGGGGAAAAAAGCACAGAAAUGAAAUGGAUCCGAAGAAUUCUGUUUCAUUAGCCUUCCUAAUGAGAAGUUCCUUCUUGGAGCUCAGCAUCUCUGUCUUUGGAGGGGGAUUACAACUGAAUGCCAUCAGGGUUGCCUGCAGAUUGAGCAAAGGCUAUUUGUUAUGCUGUAAUUUAAUUUUCUUACAGUAGUGAUUGGGCAUCCUGAUGGAGUAUUUUGUAACAAGGCAGGCCACGUGAUGGCAAAUUUUCUUCCCAACCUCCUGUUUAUUGAAGCAUUUAUAGAGAAAAUUUAGAUGAACAAUUAAGUUAAUAUUGAUGAUGAUGAGGCUUAAAUUCCCAUAGUAAUGCUGGAUGACAAAUGGUUUGAGUUUUUUUUCACAUAUUUCUUCAGAAGUACAUAUCUUCAUUCCUACAAAGCAGAUGCAUGCCUCUUACUAUGCCCUUUUCUGAUAGCAGUUUGACUUAUAUCAUGUUUUUGGGAUUGCUUAGGCUCUAUUGUAUUCCAAAGAAAACUCAAAAAUGUUUGGAGGGUCUAGUGAAGAUAGGUGAAUAUAUACAUACCUUAAUGCGUAAAUUCUUUGAUUUCCUGAGGUUUUCUUCAUGAAGGAAAGUAUCUUGGGGCACAAAGCUUUAGAGAGAGUGUUAACACAGGGAAAGGCAUGAAGUCAUACUUUUUUUUUCUUACUGUGUCAUUAAGAUGAUCUGUGUGCAUCCGUGGUUUCCUUAUUUUGGCUUCUUCUGCCAAACUCCAAAUGCAAGUGCUUCCAGAGAGAAUGAUUGGAGCCAUGCAGUUCAGUGAAUUCCCUGCAUGGUAUCAUGUGGGAGUUAUGUCACCAAUUUUCAGGGGGCAAAUUCGUAUAUCUGUGUUUAGAAGCAUCAAAUCACUUUGAUUAAUUGAAAAUGAUCUUGUCUAUAAAAAGAAAAAAAAAAAUAGCUCUCCUUAAAUAGAUAGCUUACAUGUAAGACCAAUUUUCAUUAGGACUGUUAUAAACUAGAUUUUUUUUAAGUACACCGAGUAAUGUAUUCUUAUAAAUAGCUGUACACGAAGGCAGUGAAGUUAAUGGAAAUCAAUCACAUUUUCCAUUUAGCAUUAUGUAGAAGAAAAGGGACAGGUACAAAAACAAUUAUCAGUGUAUCCAUGAUCACUUAAAAUUGCAUAGUAUUUCCAGAUGCAUUUUAUUUUUCACAAUCCUCAUAAGCUACUGAUGUUGAUUUUGGGGGGGUGGGGGUUAAAGCUUGAAGCAAAUCUACAACCAGCCAUUCAUAACAAUGUAUAUUUCAUGUUACAGCUGACACUAGAAUUCAGAGAUCCACAUUUAGGCAGAUUUUGGAGAAAAAUGAAUUAUUUUGUCAGUUCUAAUGCAUAGUUUGACUGAAGCAUAACCAGUAACUGUUUUUCCAAGCGUUUAAGUGAGUUGCAAACCUGAAUUCCCGUGGCAGAAAAGGCAGUGGCUUUCAAAGACCUCUUUACCUUUUUGUGUUCAAGCUCAUGCUAGUUAAAGCCCACCUCCUGCUGCGGUAAAAUGGAAUAAACCAGCAUUUUGAGGGCUGGAGAUGAGCAGAGAAAGCAAAGCUCUUGUGUUCAUUUUAGCAAGUUUUGCUGCAGAGUCCCUUAUCGAUUCUCCAAUAUGAGGGGUUGAAACUGGAGCAUAGUGUGUCUGGUCUGCUCUGACAUCUGUCACUGUCCCAAGUACCACCUUUUGUAGCCAAAUACUACCUUCCUUCUGUUCCUCCCUACACACACACACACACGUCCUGAAGGUCCUACCCAAUGUUGGCAUUUUGAAAUUCAUACCAAUAGGCUCAUAUCGACAAUUUUUCUCCAAUUCUGACAUUACAACUGCAUUCACUAUAAAUUUACAUUGACAUCAUUUUGGCAUGGUCCUGAUAGCACAACGUUACCACAACAGCACAAAUUUAUAACAGCACAACAAAGAACCAUAGAGAAAUCCCUUUGCUUUUCCAUGUUAUGCAGGAACUUUCUUAGUUCACGACUGGGAUUUUGUCUUGAAAUGUUAAUGGAAUACCCCCUCCUCACUUGCACUGGAAAUUACCUUUUGUUAGUUCCUUUGGCUCAUUCUAACUUCUUGCCAUAAGCUCUGUAGCACUAGAUGUUCCCUGCAGUAUGCUCUUUAAUUGCCACGAACUAGUUGUUGGGAUACUACUAGAUGAGAAAUGAGAAUUAAACCCAAUGCAGUCUAAAGCUAAUGAGAUUUUAAGCACUGAGAAGAUGAAAAUUUUUCUGUUUAAAUUUUCAAAAAAUUCAAAUCACCUUUUUAUUUAAUGUUCUAUUUAGAAGACUCGGAAUUUUGUAUUGAAAAAAAUCUACAAAACUGUUGAUUCUAAUUUUUACCUAGAGUAGUAUCACUGAAAUUUCAGUUGUUUGAAAUAAUCUCAUGUAAAAUCUACAUAAUAUUGUUCAGCCAUUUUUACUUCAGUAGUCCUGGCUAACUUGCAAUAUCAUGAUCAUAAGAGAUUUCUUAUAAUGUGUAUAUACUUGAAAUUUAUGUAAUAUUUAAAUACAACUUGGUUUCUAAUUACGAAAUGAGAGUACAGUUUCAACUAUUUUUUCUAUUCAUAAUUCCAAACUUUGUAAGUAACAUUUAAAAUAAGGUUACCACCAAGUGUUUCAGAGAAAUUAACUUUUAUGCACUGCAAGCUAGAAGUUCCUCUGGCCUCUCAGCUUUCACUUUCUUUUGGGUUUAAGGUUACUCUUACAAGCCGGUGUUUACCCCAGAACUAAAAGAAUUCACUGAGGAAAAGUUGUUGAUAUGAUUAACUAUUGUAAGACACUUUUGGCAUAAAUUUGUCUUUGAGAUGCUGUUUACUUUAUCAAGGUUUACAUGUACAAAUGCAAUGACUUACUGUAUCAUACACAUUUGAAUAUUGCAUUUUUCAAUAAUAAACUUGGAUAUCUUUGAA